AUGCCUUUUGGAUAUAUUAAUUUGGGACAGGAGUUUGGUAUUUUUAUGCAUAAGGCUAUGCCUGAUGCUGCUGAGAGGGGGACAUUAUGCUAUGUGGAUGAUAUAUUAAUCAAAAGCUCUACUUUUGAUGAACACUUGGAAGAAGCCAGGCAUCUGGCUCAUGUUAUUUUUCUUCAACAAUUUGGUGCCGAAACCCGGGAGUUUGAAAGCGAUUGUGGACGGAGCCAGGACCGGAACCUUGAGGACAGGAGACCACAAGGCGCCAAAAAGGUGGAACUUCAUGUUCACUUGGAUGCAUGUAUCAAGCCUGAAACCAUUAUUUACUUUGCAAAAAAGAGAAACAUACACAUACCGGAUUGUGAAGAUGUUGAACAUCUUUUGGAGAAUGCUGUUUGCACUAAGCGAGGAAGCCUUACAGAAUUCCUUUCAAAGUUUAAUAUCUACAUGCCAGUGGUCGCAGGGGACAGAGAAGCAGUAAAAAGAAUUGCCUAUGAAUUUGUAGAAAUGAAAGCUAAUGAAGGAGUCGUUUAUGCAGAGGUCAGAUACAGCCCUCAACUGUUUGCCAACUGCAACGUGGAUCCUAUGCCAUGGGGACAAAAUGAAGGUGACCUAACUCCAGAUGAGGUGGUCCAACUUGUUAACCAAGGGUUAAAAGAAGGAGAAAGAGAUUUCAAUAUAAAAGUAAAGUCCAUCCUCUGCUGUCUACGCCAUAUGCCAAGUUGGUCACCGGCAGUAGCUGAGCUAUGCAAGAAGUACAAAAAUGAUACUGUUGUAGGCAUUGACCUGGCCGGAGAUGAAGCACUGAAGAGUGAAACGUUUCCAGGACAUGUUAAGGCUUAUAAGGAAGCUGUCGAUGGUGGAGUCCACCGAACAGUACAUGCGGGUGAAGCUGGACCAUCCUCAGUAGUCAAGGAGGCUAUUGAAAUAUUAAAAGCUGAGAGAAUCGGUCAUGGCUAUAAGACCAUACAAGACCCAGAACUUUAUAACAAGUUAUUACAGAUGAAAAUGCAUUUUGAGAUGUGUCCAUUCUCUAGUUACAUCACUGGAGCCUGUGACCCCGAUUUCACAAGUCACCCCUUGAUCCAGCUCAAAAAAGAUAAAGCAAACUUCUCAUUGAACACAGAUGGCACUACAAUUCCUAUUACUACUGUGCUGAACAAGGAAUACGCCAUUACAAAGACUUACAUGGGGUUUAGUGAUGAAGAUUUCAUGCAGGUGAACAUCAAUGCAGCACGUUCCUGUUUUUUACCUGAGGAAGAGAAGCAAGAACUUCUAAACAAACUAUAUAGCGCUUAUGGAAGAAAAGAUCUGUGACAAAAGUCAUCAGGGGUUAAGGGUGUAGAGCUAGAUUGUAUCUCAAACAUUUCUGCUCACUUUAUUUUUCUCACAGAGCUUAAAGGGACACUGAACCCAAAUGUUUUCUUUCAUGAUUCAGAUAGAGCAUGCAAUUUUAAGCAACUUUCUAAUUUGCUACUAUUAUCAAUUUUUCUUCGUUCUCUUGCUAUCUUUAUUUGAAAUGCAAGAAUGUAAGUUUAGAUGCCGGCCCAUUUUUGGUGAAUAACCUGGUUGGUGGAUAAAUUCAUCCACCAAUAAAAAAAAGUGCUGUCCAGAGUACUGAGCA